UCGCCUACCCAGUUUCUCGCAAGCAGGCAAACUCAGUGGUUCCAAGUUCCAGUCGAACGGGCUGCCACACUCAGCUCUCAACAGUUUCCAAUUCCAACACAAUAUAAUCCAGGCGACUUCGCUUAGCGUUAUAAGGCCAACAAGCAAAAGCACUCACAAAAUUCAAGGAGUUCGAUUUGAGUCCAGGUGAAUCACAGAGAAAAACAUCAGCCAAAAUGUCUGAUCGCAAGGCCGUUAUUAAAAAUGCCGACAUGAGCGAGGAGAUGCAGCAGGAUGCAGUUGACUGUGCGACACAGGCCCUCGAGAAGUACAACAUUGAGAAGGACAUUGCGGCCUACAUCAAGAAGGAGUUCGACAAAAAGUACAAUCCCACAUGGCAUUGCAUUGUGGGCCGCAACUUUGGAUCGUAUGUCACCCACGAGACGCGCCACUUCAUCUAUUUCUAUUUGGGCCAGGUGGCCAUUUUAUUGUUUAAGAGCGGUUAAAGUAUUGUCGAGUCGGAUGAAGUGGUGGUGAGGAGGCUGAUGGAGAUGCAGCAACUGCACCGACAA